AUGGAAGGGGACUAUACUAUUGGGGGGGCUUUUUCCAUCCAUUUUAAGGAGGACACAAAGAUUUAUAACUACACCACCAUGCCUGAGCCACCUAGCUGCACAGGGAGUAUUAACAGUCGUGAACUACGCUUCUCUCGCACAAUGAUCUUUGCCCUCGAGGAGAUAAACAACAGCACAGAGCUGCUGCCAGGCGUCAAACUUGGAUAUCAGAUCUAUGAUGCGUGCGCCUCUGUGCCGGUGGCUAUUCAUGUAGCUUUUCAGGUGUCAAAUGGCCUGGACCCUGUGUUUUACAAAGGCAGUAAUUGUUCUCAGUCUGGUGUGGUGAUGGCUGUUGUUGGAGAGUCUGGAUCCACACCAUCCAUCAGCAUGUCUCGCAUCAUCGGGUCCUUCAAUAUCCCUCAAGUGAGUCACUUUGCCACUUGUGCCUGUUUGUCUGACAAGCAGCAGUACCCAACGUUUUUCAGAACAAUUCCCAGCGACAAAGUCCAGGCUGAUGCUAUGGCCAAAUUGGUGAAACACUUUGGCUGGACUUGGAUAGGUGCUGUCCGUUCAGACUCAGAUUAUGGAAAUAAAGGCAUGGCAUCUUUUCUUGAUGCAGCACAGAGGGAGGGGAUCUGUGUGGAGUACUCUGAAUCCUUCUACCGAACUGACCCACGUAUCAAAAUCCAGAAUGUGGCUGAUGUUAUCCGCAGGUCAACGGCGAUGGUCGUUGUGGCAUUCGUAGCUUCUGGAGACAUGAAGUUCCUGCUGGAGGAGCUGGCUCUGAAGCCUCCACCACCUCGUCAGUGGAUUGGAAGUGAAUCCUGGGUAACUGACCCAAACUUGAUGAAAUUCAGUUUCUGUGCAGGAGCCAUUGGAGUUGCCAUUCAGCAAUCUGUCAUCCCAGGACUGAGAGACUUCCUGUUGGAUCUCUCUCCCACUGAUGUAGCGGCCUCCUCGGUGCUUACUGAGUUCUGGGAGGAUGCAUUUAACUGCACACUGACAAAAAUUGCUGAAGCAAAAAAGAAGGCGUGUGAUGGAAAUGAAGACAUAAAAAAUCUCAACAUUUCAUACACUGAAACAUCUGAUUUUAGAAUUCCUAACAUGGUGUACAAGGCUGUUUAUGCAGUAGCUCAUGCCAUUCACAAUGAAGUGUGUCAGGAAAAAAAAUCCAUAAUUGAGUGUGACAAAAAGUCUGCGUUAGAGUUGAAGCAGAUUGUUGCCACACUGAAAAUGGUAAACUUUUCCCAAAAUGGUUAUCCUGUGUCCUUUGAUCAAAAUGGGGAUCCCGUGGCUUUUUAUGAACUGGUCAACUGGCAGAAGAGUGAGAGUGGAACCACUGAGUUGGUAACAGUAGGAUACUAUGACGCAUCGCUGCCAAAAGGACAGGAGUUUAACAUCAAUAGGAAUCUAACCUGGGCACAGAGCGGAACACAAGUACCGGUUUCUGUCUGCUCUGAGAGUUGUCCUCCAGGAACUCGUAAAGUGUUGCAGAAAGGAAAACCCAUCUGCUGCUAUGAUUGCAUACCAUGUCCUGAAGGAGAGAUCAGUAAUAUGACAGAUUCUACUGACUGCUUCUCAUGUCCCAGUGAAUUUUGGCCUAAUUUGGAAAAAGAUGCGUGUUUCCCCAAACCUGUCGAGUUUCUUUCAUUUGAUGAAGUUCUUUCAAUCAUCCUGGCAGCAUUAUCUGUUAGUGGAGCCUGUCUAGCCAUCAUAACAGGGGUUAUUUUUUUUCAUCACAGAACAACUCCAGUUGUCAGAGCCAACAACUCUGAGCUGAGCUUCCUGCUGCUCUUCUCUCUGACUCUGUGUUUUUUAUGUUCAUUAACUUUCAUUGGAGCUCCCUCUGAGUGGUCCUGCAUGCUGCGACACACAGCUUUUGGUAUCACCUUUGUUCUCUGUAUCUCCUGUGUUCUUGGAAAAACUGUAGUGGUUUUAAUGGCCUUCAAAGCUACACUGCCAGGUAGUAAUGUCAUGAAAUGGUUUGGGCCUCCACAACAAAGGAUGACUGUAGUGUUUUUCACAUUUAUUCAAGUUUUAAUUUGUACAGUUUGGUUGAUUCUCAGUCCUCCUUUUCCAAAGAAAAAUCUGACUACAUACAAGGAGAAGAUCAUCCUGGAAUGUGCAUUAGGCUCUGCUGUUGGCUUCUGGGCUGUGCUCGGGUACAUUGGCCUGUUGGCUGUUUUUUGCUUUGUGUUAGCUGUUCUAGCUCGAAAACUACCUGAUAAUUUUAAUGAAGCCAAGCUGAUAACCUUCAGCAUGCUGAUCUUCUGUGCAGUGUGGAUCACCUUCAUCCCAGCAUAUGUCAGCUCUCCUGGAAAGUUUACUGUGGCUGUGGAGAUAUUUGCUAUUCUGGCCUCCAGUUUUGGACUGAUAUUGUGUAUUUUUGCUCCAAAGUGUUUCAUCAUAAUACUACAACCUGAGAAAAACUCUAAAAAAUAUUUAAUGAACAAAAACUAG